CGAACUCAGACAAUAGUCAAACCACCCAAAACCAGUGUUUUGAUCCUUUUCUACCUAACUGUGCUUCCUUUCAUCAUUGAGAAAAAAAUGGCUAAGUUAAUCCAAUUCUUUGAGUUGAACACAGGGGCCAAGAUUCCUUCCGUUGGGUUAGGCACAUGGCAAGCUGAACCAGGAGUUGUAGCAAAAGCUGUCACCACAGCCAUUCAGGUUGGAUACAGGCACAUUGACUGUGCUCAAGCUUAUAACAAUCAAGCAGAGAUUGGUUCUGCGCUUAAGAAGAUUUUUGAUGAUGGUGUACUGAAGCGUGAGGACAUAUGGAUAACUUCCAAACUCUGGUGUAAUGAUCAUGCUCCAGAAGAUGUGCCAAAAGCAUUGGAUAAAACAUUACAUGAUUUGCAACUUGACUACGUUGAUCUCUAUCUGAUUCACUGGCCAGUCCGCACGAAAAGAGGAUCAGUUGGAUUCAAGAAAGAAUAUCUGGAUCAUCCAGACAUUCCCAGCACAUGGAGAGCAAUGGAGGCACUCUAUGAUUCUGGCAAGGCUAGAGCCAUAGGAGUGAGCAAUUUCUCUUCAAAGAAGCUUCAAGAUUUGUUGGAUAUAGCAAGAGUGCCUCCUGCUGUUAACCAAGUGGAAUUGCACCCAGGAUGGCAGCAGCCAAAGUUGCAUGCAUUUUGUGAAUCCAAAGGAAUACAUAUAUCUGGAUACUCUCCACUAGGCUCACCAGGGAAUCUGAAAAGUGACAUUCUUAAGAAUCCUGUUGUGGUAGAGAUUGCAGAGAAACUUGGGAAGACACCAGCUCAAGUGGCCCUUCGGUGGGGAUUGCAAUCAGGUCAAAGUGUGCUGCCAAAGAGUACUACUGAAUCCAGGAUCAAGGAAAACUUUGAUGUCUUUGACUGGUCUAUUCCAGAAGAGCUAAUGGCCAAGUUCUCUGAAAUUAAGCAGGAUAGGCUAAUUAAGGGCACAUUUUUUGUUGAUGAUACCUAUGGUGCCUAUAAGACCGUUGAAGAGCUCUGGGAUGGUGAAGUUUGAGAAAUGUCCAUCAUUAAGAUGUUGACAAUUAAACUGUUCCUCAAGCAGAUUGGUUCUUCCUUUUUACUUGUUAACAUCCUAAAGCCACCAGUUAUAGUGAUUUAAGCGUGUUUGUGAUAUUUAGAAGUGUUAUUGUUCUUAAGAACACAUGAUAAGUAGCCAAGUCUUAUUUUUCAUUUAUGAUUAUUGUAUCUUUUAUUUGAUGCAAGAAAGCUUAGUGCUGGGAAUUUGACUAGUGGCCGAAUGAAUUUCUAUGUUCAAUGUCAAUACGUUGUGCUUAUAAUCGUAUUAUGGUUUA